CAUCCACUGACCACCUCUGCUAUGCUACCAGGCAGUGCCUAUCCUAAGGCCUGGCAGCCUUCUCAGGGGGUCAGCUGUGCUGCCUGGUAUCUAUUGCUGUUUGUAGCACCACUUGCUAUUCAGAAGCUCACUUCAGUUUUUUAAAGCUCCUUGAAACUUUUGAAAGCCCUCCAGGCUUGAAUCAGAUAAAAAGGGCAGCUUUUACAGUCUGACUCUUCCUGUCUCUUUCUACACUGUCGCCAAGUGUAUUAACAUGUGUGCUUUACCUCUAUGACUUUACGAAGAUCACACGAUGGGCUACCCUUUAGUGCCUUCCCUAGCCAGGCGGGAUCCUGGGCUUCUCUCCCAGCACUGCACAUUAGUAGCUUCUGUAGUUUUCCCAGGUUAUCUUGGAAGUUUCUUCCUCAUCAGUCCUUGCCCAUGCCAUUAGUGGGGUUGGCACACUAUGGCAUCCAUAUGUGGUAUUCAGGUACUAUCGUCCAUCCUCAGAUAAACCCGUCGAUCCAUGAGACUUACUCAGAAACAACUGUUGUGCUUCACGAACACUCUCCACCUUUCUCAGGCCGGCUUUCAGGCUCAAGCCAGUGUCUGCAGAAGCUCUGGGGAGGCCUGUGUUUUGAGCUCUGCUCAGGGAUGCAGCUCCUGGCCCUGACUCCGGAGGCAGCCGGCAGCAGGGCCGCCUCCCCCUGUGUAACAUCUCACGUAAACCGUUCCCUCCGACUUGCAAAGGAAGAUUAUGCAGAAAAAGACUCCAACGGAGAUGCUUUGUGGGUUUGGUGUUAUCCGUCCGUAUCAGCUGAGCUGAGGAGUCUGUUGCUGCGAAAGUGCUGCCUGACAGACGAAAAUAAAUUGCUCCACACGUUUGUAUUUGGCCAAUAUAAGAGGUCAUGGUUCUAUAUCACAACUGUGGAAGUUCAAGAUUCUCCAGCCUUGAAAAAGGUGACCCACUUCUCUGUUGUCCUGACAGCCAAAGACUUCAACCCAGAGAAAUACGCAGCCUUCGCUAGGAUACUGUGUAGAAUCUACCUGAAGCAUGGAAGCCCAGUGAAAAUGAUGGAGAGUUACAUUGCAGUCCUUACAAAGGGGAUCUGCCAAAGCGAAGAAAAUGGGUCUUUCCUCAGCAAAGACUUCGAUGCUCGGAAGGCUUACCUUGCUGGGUCCAUCAAAGAUAUAGUAUCUCAGUUUGGAAUGGAAACAGUCAUCUUAUACACAGCACUGAUGUUAAAGAAGAGAAUUGUAGUGUACCAUCCUAGAAUAGAAGCUCUCCAGGAGUUUACCAGGACUUUGCCUGCUUUAGUGUGGCAUCGGCAAGACUGGUCGAUUCUUCAUUCAUACGUACAUCUAAAUGAGGAGGAAGUGGAAGCCUUAAAAGCCUGCAGAGGUUACAUUGCUGGAUUUACAGAUUCAGAAGUGACCAGCAGACCAGACCUCUAUGAUGUGUACGUGAACUUGGCAGACAGUGAGAUCACUGUUUCCCCUGCAGUAAAAGAUGCAAUGACAAUGGGGAAACUUCACAAAGAAAUUGGUCAACUAAUUGUUCAAUCUGCAGAAGAUCCAGAUAAAUCAGACAGCCAAGUCAUUAAGGAUAUUUCCCUGAAGACAAAAGAAAUCUUGGCUACAUUAGCCUCACUUACUGAAGCUUCUGAUGGCACUGAAAAACCAACCCUUAAACCCGAGGCCCUGAAACAAAAGCGAUUUCCACCUGCUACAGAAAACUUUCUUUUUCAUUUAGCUGCUGCUGAACAAAUGCUUAAAGUCUGAUUUUGAUGCACUUCAGUGUUAUGGACCAACUUAAAAAUGCUGGCUUUGCCAUACAGAUAGGAAUGCCUGAUGUUUUAUAGGGCAAAAUUAAAGGUAUAAGAGUGAAUGUCAUAUUUCCCGUGGUAUAACGCAGAAUACAGGAGCUUGGUGUGGAACACAUGGAGGUGCAUUUGGGAACAUUCCUGGUCUCAGUAUCUUUCCCCAAGUAUAACUUUGUGUGUAUGGCUCCUGUAUUUCAUAUCACACUGUGGGUACACAUACAGGUAGCAUGUGCCUAUGUGGCCAGGCUGUGCCAGACAUCAUGACAGUGGCUGUUUGUCCUGCAGGUUCCAGAUGUCAGACAGCUCUGUUGUUCUGACAUCUCUUCCUGGGGUCUGGACCUCGGGCUGUGGCAUGUGGGCUGCAAAACCAGCACAGUCUGGUUGUGCUGGUCUCUGCACAGGGAUGCACCGAGCACACAGCUGGUCUGAGUGCUCAUUCUGGGCUUCCAGGUGUGUCAGCCUGUCAGAUACUGCACUUCCUCUGGACUGCCUGAUACCUGGAAAUCCCAGAUAAAUGGACAAGUUCUCUUCUUUUGACUUGAAAGUGUCUAAGUGUAAAAAAGGAUGUCUGGGACAAUCUGAUGUGGUAGCCUUAGUGUAUAAAGGAAGAGAUAUUUUAAAGCUCAAAUGGGAGUUGAGCACCUCUUUUGGACUCUUGCCUUAGAGGUUUUCCCCCCUUUCACUCCGUCCCAUGCCUCUGAUGGAGGGAAGAGAGGACAGGAUUACUAUAAAACAGGGCUUCCUAAGGGGGGUCACAGGUAAGUGCUGCUUUAAGCUGGAGUCAUUUAAGGAAUUGUUGGGGUUCUCUGCUGAGAAGAUACCUGGCCAUGCAUUCCUGAUCCAUUUGAGAGAAAACCAGAUGAGCUAAAGCCUAACAGACUAGAAAUGUUCAAAUGGAAGGUAACACAGGCAGAGCAUCAGCCUCUCUAACUGCUUGAGCUGUACCACAGGUACUGUCUGAUGGUGCUCUAUGUAGACUAAAUCUAGACAGAAACUUUUGAAGUAAUAGUGAAAAAUGGGAAAUAGUGCAGAGAAAAUGAAAAUUUGCCUAACUCAGAGCCAUAACUCGAGUUUUGUUGCAGCCUGAAACUAACUGCUUUGUAAUCUUCUGUAAUCUUUGUAGGGAAAUGCUCUGAGCCAAACAAUCUGUUUUUCUCCAGAAAUGGCCACAACAGAUCAGUCAAUUCUGCAGCAGCACUUUGUUACAAGAAAAAAACAACCUUUUUUCCUGGCCUUUGUGCAGAUAGGCUGUAGCAUGUGGUUUUACACAGAGAUUUUAUACUUAUGACUAAAACUUCAGUAAUCAAUAUUUAUACUGUUAAAUCAUUGGAUGUUUGCUAUUCUGAAACUGGUAGAGCUCAGCAGUAACUAUGUGCAAGCAAUAUUGGUUUGAAAAAGGGUUGUCCUUUUGCUAUGUAUCAUACCUUAAGGAAAUCUGUUUUGGAAUGUGGGUAGGGGAUGUGGCAUCUCUGUAUAACAUGGCUAAUCACUGCAGUCAGUAAAUGAAAGUGCUUCAGAAUAAUCCCCUAUUUUCAGGGGUGUAAAACUCUUUUUUAAACACUCACAGUUUAAAUUCUGAACAUGGAAGUGUUUGGGGUUUUUUGUUGUUGUAACUCCUGAGAAAAAUAGUGCAAUUGCCUUCAUCUAAGUGCUCUGCAGCCUUUUCUCCCCAUUUGCCCAUUAAUGGUUUUUCUUCAUGGUUCUUUAGUAUUGCUGCAUCUGCUUUGGAACUUUUACAGCAGUUGGAAAAGCAGAACUGCAAAAUGACGUUGAAAAUUCCAUUUGGGACCUACUUUAACUGAAGUCUUUCACCAAAACCCCCUUGCUUUCAGUCAGCUGUCUUAACACCACAUUGCAAUUCCUUAUUAACAAACAGCCUUAUGGGGUGUCAUUAAGGGAGUCACGUGGGUGUGGGGAGACAACCAGGAACAGCAGAGAAGCUCAGCUGGAAAUUAAGUGUUGAGUGCUUCCUUUGCUGUCUGAUUCAGAAAUGUUUGCAGGUGAACAUCUUGGUGUUGUGUUAGAUCUUGUCUGAAACAAAUGAAAUACAGUUUUGCACUUAAGGAACUGGUCUCCUGGCAUGCUUGUGCCUAUUAAAGUCCUGAGCAGUCCACCUUU